AUGAAAGGAGUAGGCACCCCUGAAUACUACAGUGGAGGAGACUUGACCUUCAACGCUGAGACAGGUCUCUGGGAGUUCUCUGCCAAGACCUAUAUUGAGAACUUGAUCCCCAAGCUUGAAUCACUCUACAAGAUCACAUUGAAAAACUAUGGAUCCCCCAUGGAACCAGAAGAUCAACCCGAGUUGGAUGAGUCCCCUACUUGGACAGCACCAGAGUUACCCAGUACCCGAUGUUAG